UAGACCAAUGAAAUUAAACUUAUAGUUUAACCAUCGAAUUGCCGUUCCCCCGGAAUCUCUCAAAAUCGACGACCUCGAGCAGGAGCAGCGCAUCAAAAAUUAAGCCACCGAAGAUGGAAGAAAAUAUGCGGAAUGGAACUUCAGAAAAUUCGAAACCCAAAUGCUGGUGUCGAAUCAGGAAUCAGUGCGCUUCUGAAAGAAUCGAGGGCUCAUAUUACCAGCGAAGCGAAGGGACGUGAUUCAGGUUGGGUUUGGCUUACUUUCGACAUCGUAGGGUUUAUCAUUUCUUAAUCCUCGGCUUUUCAACUUAUCUCUCCCAAUUUUCCCGGAAAAUUUACUCAGUUUUCCGAGAAAGUGAUAUCGUGGAACUUUCUGUCUUUACUUUUUUGUUUGAAUGAUUACUUGGAUUCAUAUAUUUUAGGGUUUUUGCUAUUUUUUUUUAUGUUCUGCCAAUUAGAAAAGAAGGUGAGCAAUAGUUGCCUGAAAUGGCGGGUUCGUUAAAGGUUAAAAUCAAGAAUCCAGGCAAUAAGUUAGAAAACCAAAACUGAAAAGUGCCAAAUUUAAUUUAAUAAACUGAUAAGAACCCUUAGAAAACGAGGGCUUUUUUUAUUUUGUUUAUUAAAUUGUUCCCAAACCAAGGGAUUCUGUUGUUGGAGAGUGAUCCAUCUGUUUCUUUGGCUCAAAGAAACAGAAAAAGGAAAAAAAAAUUAAUAAAAAAAAAAAAGAAAAAAAAUUUAAAAAAUUCAAAAAAGAAGGAAAAGAAAAGGAAGAAAUCCCGAGGAGGAGGAGGGCCAAUUAAACUUCAGGAAUUUCCCUCUUUCCAGAUCUGCUCGUUUCAACGUUCUGACAGGUUUUUUUCUUCUGUCAGAACACCCCAAAUUCUUUUUACUUGAUUCCCUUUGUUCAUUUUCAUCUUAUAAUGCGUUUCUCAGUCUAUAAUUUGGACAGUUUUGCAGAAAAGUGUCUGCAAACUCUCUCGGCUAUCUCAAGGUUUGUAGUGCAACUUCUUUUACUUGAUGUUUGGUUUCUUUGUAUUCUUUAGUGUUCCUAGGUUCAAUUUUUGUUCUUUUGGUUGAUUUAUACUUAGAAACUGUUCUAUAUGUUCAUAUGUAUCAAUGUUGAACUUUCAUUCAAUGUGAUUCUUGAAUUUGCAGUUUCUACGUAUAGACAUCAAGAAACUCAAUGUUAUAUUGUUGAAAUACUGAUGGUGUCUGCUUUGAUCAAUGGUUUUCUGACAUCUGAAACUCAUUAUUUCGUACAUUUGUGAACGAAAUAAAGGGAACUUUUGGUUUUAAUACUAUCCUUCCGGUCGGUUUUGAAGAAUGGUUUUUCAUGCUGGAUCAUUUGGGUGAGAAUAUGUAAGGGAUGGUAUCUGAAACUUUGAUGAAGAUUGUAUCACCCUGCUGGAAACCUUCAGUUGAAGGCGGAAAUUCUAGUAGAGGUGGGGAUGCAAGUGGUCGGGUUGACGGGCUGUUGUGGUACAAGGAUUCUGGCCGCCAUAUUAAUGGAGAAUUCUCAAUGGCAGUUAUUCAGGCAAAUAAAUUGUUGGAAGACCGCAGCCAGCUUGAGUCAGGGCCACUGAGCUCAUUUGAAUCGGGUCCUGUUGGAACGUUUGUUGGAAUCUAUGAUGGCCAUGGAGGUCCUGAAGCUGCAGAAUUCAUAAAUGAUCGUCUGUUCAAUAAUAUGAAGAAAUUUAUUCCAGAUAAUCAGGGAGUAUCGGCUGAAAUUAUUAACAAAGCGUUCGUGGAGACAGAGGAAGAGUUCUUGUCUCUUGUAAAGAAACAAUGGCUUAUUAAGCCGCAAAUUGCUUCGGUUGGUUCAUGCUGUUUGGUAGGCAUAAUAUGUUGUGGAUUACUGUAUAUUGCAAAUGCUGGAGAUUCUAGAGUGGUGUUGGGAAGAACUGAAAAAACUCAUAAAGAGGUUAAAGCUGUCCAAUUGUCGUCUGAGCACAAUGCAAGUAUUGAAUCUGUGAGAGAGGAGUUGCACUUGUUGCAUCCCAAUGAUCCACACAUUGUGGUCUUAAAGCACAAGGUGUGGCGUGUGAAGGGUGUUAUACAGGUCUCAAGAUCCCUUGGUGAUGCUUAUCUGAAGAAAACCGAGUUCAACCGAGAGCCUCUUUUGCCGAAGUUCAGAUUACCAGAACCCUUCCACAAGCCAAUACUUCAAGCCGAGCCUGCUAUCGUAGUGCACAAACUGUACCCAGAGGAUCAAUUUCUUAUAUUUGCUUCAGAUGGUCUUUGGGAGUAUAUAAGCAAUCAGGAAGCUGUCGACCUCGUCCAUAGUUGUCCACGUAACGGGAUUGCAAGGAAGCUCGUUAAAGCUGCUCUUCAUGAAGCUGCAAGAAAAAGAGAAAUGAGGUACACAGACCUGAAGAAGAUCGACCGUGGGGUAAGACGACAUUUUCACGACGACAUAACUGUUAUAGUUUUGUUCCUGGAUUCGCAUCUGAUUAGUCGCAGUCCGAGCCAUGGACCUAUGCUUUCAAUCAGAGGGGGUUCUGGUAUCCAUCCUCGCUGCUAGAUCUUAGUUUCUUCAUUUGUAUUGCAAACCGAAUGAUUGUUUGUGUUCAAAAGAGGAGAGAUUUGGAAACAUAGCCCUUUUCUUUUCCCUUCCCCAUUUACCCUUUCUUUUUCCUUUCCUUUCCUUUCCUUUUGUGUUUUCUUUUUUAAUGUAUAGCACUCUUAUUACCUAUGAGGUCUCCUUAUUGACAGUUGCGUCAAUAGUACAUAUAUAGAGAGAGAAUAUUGACUAGGAGUCA